AUGGUGGCUUGGUUCAAGAGCGAGGAUGCCAAUCCAGUUUGGAAGAGCGCAGUGGGCAGCUGGCAAGGUCGUGUCACCAAGGGCAGCAUCACCAGAAAGGUCGAAGCUGGAAACGGUGCGACAAAGCCUGUGGGCUACUUGGCCGGCGACAGCAAUGCCGGAUAUGACUUUGGCAAGAUCAUGAAGCCGGACUUCACGAUUUGUUCCAUCUCCCGCUAUGUCGCCGGAGGCAGAAUGGGCCGCAUUCUGCAAUCUGGUCACCAUCCCAAUUUCCUCCAUGGCCACUGGAGUCAUCAAACAGGUGUGGCUUAUUACAGCAACUGGGUCACACCCCAUGAAAAUCCGAGCAAUACCGAUUGGCUUUUGAUGUGUGGCAACAAUAAGGGGGUUGUCUACGUGGGCAACGACCGGCGCAAUAUCGCGGUGAACCACGGUCAUCCCCACGGCGAAGACUUCCACUUGUACAUCAAUGAGGGCUUCGCCAAUGAAGCCUCGGACUUCGGUGUGAUGGAGGUCAUCACGUGGAACCGGGCUCUUUCGGAUUAUGAGAUGUGGACCAGCAUGGAGUACCUGAAUUGGAAACUCCAGGAAAUCCUCCCACAUCAUCCUUCCGCCCCGUCUUCCAUGGUGGCUUGGUUCAAGAGUGAGGAUGCCAAUCCAGUUUGGAAGAGCGCGGUGGGCAACUGGCAGGGCCGCGUGACAAAGGGCAGCGUCACCAGAAAGGUCGAAGCUGGAAACGGGGCUACAAGACCGGUGGCAUACCUCGCCGGCGACCCGAACAGCGGAUACGACUUCGGCAAGAUCAUGAAGCCGGACUUCACGAUUUGUUCCAUCUCCCGUUAUGUCGCCGGAGGCAGAAUGGGCCGCAUUCUUCAAUGCGGUCUUCAGCCUAAUUUCCUCCAUGGCCACCAUGGGCAGCGCACAGGUGUGGCUCAUUACAACACUUGGGUCAUCACGUGGAACCGGGCACUCUCGGAAGACGAGAUGUGGACAAGCAUGGAGUACCUGAACUGGAAGCUCCAGGCACACCUGGCACAUCGGCCAUCUGCAGAGUCUUCCAUGGUGGCUUGGUUCAAGAGCGAGGAUGCCAGUCCAGCUUGGAAGAGCGCAGUGGGCAGCUGGCAGGCCCGCGUCACCAAGGGCAGUGUAACCAGAAGGUUCAAUGCAGGCAGUGGGGCUUUAGUACCUGUGGCGUACCUCGACGGCAGCACCAGCGCCGGCUUAGACUUCGGCAAGGUCAUGAAGCCGGACUUCACGAUUUGUUCCAUCACCCGCUAUCUUGAGGGAGGCACACGCGGCCGCAUUCUUCAAAGUGGUCCUAGUCCCAACUUCCUCCAUGGCCACUGGAGUCAUCAAACAGGUGUGGCUCAUUACCACACAUGGGUCACGGGUCAUUUAAGUCCUAGCAGUACCGAUUGGCUUGUGAUGUGUGGCAACAACAAGGGGGUUGUCUUCGUCGGCAAGGAUGCGAAGAACAUCGCCGUUCGCCACGGUCAUCCAAACGGCGAAGACUUCCACUUGUACAUCAAUGAGGGCUUCGCCAAUGAAGCCUCGGAUUUCGGUGUAAUGGAGGUCAUCACGUGGAACCGGGCACUCUCGGAAGACGAGAUGUGGACGAGCAUGGAGUACCUGAAUUGGAAAAUCCAGGCUUUGAUUCCAUAUCAACCAGCUGACAAGCUGUCCAUGGUGGCUUGGUUCAAGAGCGAGGACGCCAGUCCAGCUUGGAAGAGCGCAGUGGGCGGCUGGCAGGCUCGUGUCACCAAGGGCAGCAUCACCAGGAAGGUCGAGGCCGGAAACGGGGCGACAGAGCCUGUGGGCUACUUGGCCGGCGACAGCAAUGCCGGAUAUGACUUUGGCAAGAUCAUGAAGCCGGACUUCACAAUUUGUUCCAUCUCCCGUUAUGCCGCCGGAGGCAGAAUGGGCCGCAUUCUGCAAUCUGGUCACCAUCCCAAUUUCCUCCAUGGCCACUGGAGUCAUCAAACAGGUGUGGCUUAUUACAGCAGCUGGGUCACACCCCAUGAAAAUCCGAGCAAUACCGAUUGGCUUGUGAUGUGUGGCAACAAUAAGGGGGUUGUCUACGUGGGCAACGAACGGCGCAAUAUCGCUGUGAACCACGGUCAUCCAAACGGCGAAGACUUCCACUUGUACAUCAAUGAGGGCUUCGCCAAUGAAGCCUCGGAUUUCGGUGUGAUGGAGGUCAUCACGUGGAACCGGGCACUCUCGGAAGACGAGAUGUGGACAAGCAUGGAGUACCUGAACUGGAAGCUCGUGACCGGCUCUCAGUGA